AUGGACUUCGAUCACCUCGCGGAAGAGAAAUCGAAUCUGAUCUUUCAAGUGUGGCUUCAGAAUCUACUGAGGAACUCACCCGAGGAGCUGGCGGGGAAGGUAGCUUCCCGCCAUCGUGCUGGCACACCUGUAAAAGCCGCGCCGCUUGCCAAUGGCGCUUUCAAUAUCUGUUACCGCGUUACCUACGAUGACGGUCAUCGUGUCGAGGUCCGGUUUACUGCACUUGGUCGGGUCGUCGCUCGUACUGAAAAGGUCGAAGAUGAAGUCGCUAUCAUGCAAUAUGUUGCCCAACAUACAAGGGUCCCUGUCCCAAAGGUCUUGGGAUCUGGAAAGUGUGUGGUUGGCCCAUACAUCGUGAUGGACUACGAGAUAGUCACACUGCGUUCGAAUAUCAACAUGUCUGUGUUGCGAAGAGCUUAUAUGGGCAUGGCUGAAAUAUUGCUGGAGCUGUCAAAGCCCGAGUUCCCCUUCAUUGGAGCUGUUCGACUGGACGAGACUGGCGAGUGGACGGUGCAGCAACGACCAUUCACCUUCAACAUGAAUCGCCUUUCUCAGACCUCCAAUAUUCCGCACAGUAUAUUUGGGCAGCAACACUUUGACAAUGCAGCAGAUUAUUUUGAGGAGCUUGCGCGUCACCAUUUCCACCAUUUGGAGCUACAGCGCAAUGACGCGGUAACUGAUGAAGCUGACUGCCGGAAGAAGUACAUUGCGCGUUGUCUGUUCCGCAAGUUGUCGCGUGAUAUCUCGAAGGAACACUGCAAAGGUCCUUUCAGGCUAUAUUGCGAUGACCUCCGUCCUGACAAUGUUCUUGUUGAUGCAUCAAGACUGGCUGUCACGGGAGUCAUCGAUUGGGAGUUCACUUAUGCUGCCCCUGCCGAAUUCACAUAUGCGGCGCCUUGGUGGCUCUUACUGGAGAAGCCGGAAGACUGGGAAACUGAUCUGGAUGAAUUUCUGGUCCUCAAAGAGUGCGAGGCCAAAAAGAUCCAGGACGGUUCCUUGUCACAUUCACAGCAGCUGUCCAUCGCUAUGGAGAAAUCGAUGGAGACUGGAUUGUUCUGGAUUUGUCUUGCUUCACGCCACAGUUCCAUGUUUGAUGAGAUAUAUUGGAAGUUCAUCGAUCCAAGGUUCUAUGGCCCAUUUACAGCAGUCGAAGAUAGACUGGGUCUGCUCAGUGAGGAAGAGCGGGCGAACAUCGACACCAUCGUUGAGCAAAAGAUGCUGCAGGCAAGUGAGGGCACUUUCGUCUCUCAUUACAGCAUUGACGAGUUAGUUGACCUAUGAACCUCUGCUCUUGCGUGGUCCGGCCGCAUGUUACUUGAUGAGAAGAAGUAGAGAAAACAUGGCUCCUUUAUGAAUAAUAAUAGGCAACUAGAUACAUCGAGUUCAAUGCACACCCAUCCAACCUAUUUGCGUUUACGAGCUCGAAGGUAUGGUUACCCACAGGAGGAGAGAAGCCUUGUGAAUGGUGGCUGCGGCUUGCGUAUGGCGGCGGUUAUUCGAGGGCUUGCAAAGAUGACUUGGGUUUCGUGUCGCUUAUCGAUGUAGAUGGGUCAAAGGAUGGGGGGUUCUCAUGGUCAAUCGCCUGGCUUAAGUAGGCCGAAUCGGCUCAGAGGUACUAUCUCUGACCUCUCAUGAGCGGCCGGAGAACAGUCGUCCACGCGCCUAGAUGAGAUGAAUCCCUGCGUAGGAACCGGUCUAGAACUAGCAACCUACGAAUACAUAGCUG